AUGAAAUUUAUGUUUGCUUUCAACAUCUUAUUAUUUCUAGAGAAAUUAAUUUAUAAAAUUAUUGCAGAAUUUAAAAUGUCUGUGACAAAUGCUGAAUCUCAACCAAUAGCUAUAGUUAGUUUAUAAAUGGAAGAUGGGAUUGAAGAGAUAAAAGUAUAUGAAGGAGAAGAUGUAGAAUUAGAAGUUGAGCUAUUUUGUUAAAGAUACAAACUUGGCAAUGAUUGUUUAGAAUAUCUCGUAAAUUAAAUUAAGCAAUAACUAAAACGUGAACCCUCACCUAGAUUUGCCGAUUUUAAUAAAUAAUAAUUUUUGAACAAAGGCUCAUUACAAACUAGGAGUAGUAAACAGAGUGACUUUGGCCUUGUAACAUCAGCCAGUUCUGAUGAAAAUUAGGUGUCGGCAUAAAAGAGUUAUGAAGAAUGGUAGAAAAAAAUUAAUAGGAAGGUAGAGGCUAAUUCAAAUUCUAAAAUGUAAUGGAAUUUACCAACAUCAGUUAGGUGUAAGUUAUUUUAAUAAGUAGCAAAUGAUUAAAACAAUCCUCGGUCCAUUAAUACAAAUGAUAAACUAUAUGGAGAAACAAAUGCUCAGCACUUAAAUAUGAUGGAAUAAAAGAAAUAAAAUUAUAUAUAUAAGGGGUAGUCAGUAAUUUCAGAAACUACUCCUAAAUCCAAUAUAUCCCCAAAUUUUAAAAGUAUCAUCCAAUAAAAAAAGAAAGUAGACUAAAAUUCAUUAUUAAAUAUUGCCAAUUAAACGCAAACAAAGGGAGAGGAACAACAGAUAAAAAAAUAAUAAUAGUUUUUUUAGCUUUAAAAAGAGCAAUCAUCACUCAGAUCAUUUUAACCAAGAAGAUCAGACAUAAGCAGUCGUAAUCACUCUUAACAAAAUAGAUCAACCAGUAAUAAAAAAUAAAGAUCAAGCACGCCAGUCAACGAAAACCCCUACUAUUAAGAAAAGGAGAGAAAACAAUAAAAAUUUGAGCAUCUGAAACAAGAAUUCUAAAAAAUGUAUUCUAAACCGUAAAUAAAUAAUUUAUACUAAAAAGAAGAAAAUAAAAAGUAAACUCAACAAUAACAAGUUAAAAAGCUAUUUACAGAUUAAAUUGAGAGAAUGAAAAAAAUUGAAUAGAAAUAGUAAUUAAUUUAUUAAAAUUAGACGAGAACAAUCGAUUUAAAAUAAUUCUAAGUUUCAAAUUUAAAAUAGUAAAGAAUAAAUUUAUUAAAAACCUUAUAACAAAUAGGAUUAAGAAGAUUUAAGAUAAAUUGAAUUAAAGUAAAACAAUAGAAGUACCAGCAAUCUUUCGUAAAGAUCAGACUCAAGAACUUAAAUAAAUAACUCUAAAACAAACUAGUUUGAUUUAAAUAUAAAAACAAUUUUUAAGUCAUUAGAUGGAGAUAAAGAUGGUUAUAUUAGCAAAGAUAAAUUGAACUUGUCAGGGCUAGAGGUUGAAUUGCUUGAAUUAGUAAGCGAGGCAUUAUAUAAAAUUGAAGAAGAAGAUAUCGUUGCUGAUCAAAUCUAGUUUAAAAGAAUUUGCGAAUCCGUGGGAUUAUAAUAGGUACUUAACCAUUAAUUAAUUUGA